AUGGCCAGCACUAAUUCCACCCCUGCUCCAGUAGAGAGUGGGGUCUCGGGCACAGCUAAGAAAAUAGGGAGCAGCAGCAUCUGCAUCCCAGGCCCUGCACUUUCCCUGUUCCUGCUCCUGUUGCUGCCACCUCCACUGCUGAGCACAGGGAGCUUCCUGCACCACCUCCCAGCGGGGAGAUCUUCCCACCACCGCGCCAGGCACUACAGGAACAAAGCUGAUCUGAGAACCUGCGAUAGUGCCUUUAACAUCUUCUUCCUCCUGGACGCGUCAGAAACUGCAAAAGAAUACUGGGAAGAAUCACAGAGACUUGUGGAGGAAAUGCUGAAGAGGUUCACAAACCCAGCCGUGAGGAUUGGCAUAGUCACCUACAAUUCACAGGGUGAGACCCAAUUGCCACUCACCAUACACAGGCAAAAAUUUGAAGAAGCUCUUAAAAAUCUUAAGACAGUACAACUUUCAGGAGAAAACCUAUUGGAGACAGGAUUUGUAAAGGUAAAUGAGGACCUUCGAAAAGAGCAUCUCAUAAACCCACGAAAGGGCAGCCUGAUUAUUGCGGUGACCACUGCACCACUGAAACCAUCAUCAAUACCGAUGAUCAAGGCCGAAGCUGAGGAGGCUCGGAGGAUGAAGGGCUCACUUUACUUCAUGACUUUCAACGAUUAUGACAGAGAGCAGCUAGUUGACAUUACAGGAAGAGAAUCCCAGGUGUAUGCAACAAAGGGGCUCAAGGAAAUGGAUCUCGCUUAUCAAUCGCUUGUGGCCAAUACCUGUAAGAAAUUGAAUUCACCUGGCAUUUACUUUGUCUGUUUAUUUGAUACCUAUGAUGUGGGAUUUGAGGUACCUGUCCCAGAUCCAAGCAACUUAGAGAACUUUGUUUGCGAAUAUACUUUGGAUAGCGAUCCUUUACCCAAUAGAAGAGCAAAUGAGGUAACGUCACGCAGUAUAAUUUGCCCUGGAUUCAUAUUUGAGAAGGAAGAUCAGGAGCUCGUCGUGAGAUACAGCAUGGAUACUGGAGACACAUUCCAAGGCAGCAUGAUUAUCAGCGGCACCAACUGUGAGGACCCAUUAAAGUCUGCAGAAAGAACCACGAUGCCCUCGAUGACCACACCUAUGAUGACCACAAACACCAUGACAACCAUGAGGAUGCCCAUGAUGCCCAUUUCAACCACGAUGACCACACUGACAACCACAACACCCACAACAACCACGACAACCACACAGACUACCACAACAACCACGACGACUACGACGACCACGACGACCACGACGACCACGACGACCACGACGACCACGACGACCACGACGACCACGAAGACCAGGUGGACGACCACAACAUCCAUGACAACCACGCAGACGAUCACAGUGUCCACCACCGUCUCAUGGGAGAUAAGUGGGAAAGCAAUAGUCACACCAGAGUCCACAGAGGCCAUGGUGGUCACAGAAAAGCCAAUCCUUGACAAAUCUCUCUACGCAGCGCUCGUCUCCACCCUGCUCAUCAUCCCGGUGGUUAUCUUCGGCAUCUGCUGCUGCACGAAUACUGACAAGGAGCCACCACCAAUGGAGAUAAUAGAAAGGGAGUCAGACACGUGUAUACAGAGAUGCACUCCAGUGGUCAUCCCUUGUUGUCCCUACGAGGAAGACAUGAGUCGCAUAGAGGACAAACUGGACACCCUGUGUGACUUUGUUCAAAGCUGCAACCAGCUGCCAUUGAUAUGGUGUCAGCCCCGUGACCAGGGUCAGUGUUUCAACUUCACCCCACUGAAGCCCCUCUGCAGGCAGUUGCCCUGCCUUCCACCCAACCAGGGAUGUUUGCCCCUCAACAGCUGCUGUGCACAGUGCCAAUACCCCCCUACCAUAUACUCCCAGCCACCCUCCAUGACGCUGCCAUUGAUCUCUCCCCCUUCUGAGGCACUCUGCAGAACUACUUUGUCACUCCCACCCCCAUAG